AAGGAAUUAUCUGCUUUUUUAUUCUUACCCCGCAUUAAAUCGUUGUUUUUCGUUUCUUUUAAUCCUGCCAGAAAGAUAUCUCCUCCUUUCUUUUGUGUUUACAUGUUACUCCCUACCCCUCCACUUAAUUCUCCCGUUGAAUCUUCACCCUUUUUUGCCUCUAAUGAAACAAGUUCAUGGCUGCUAUAUAUCUUGACGGAUUCAGCAUUACCAACUGGCGGUUUUGUUGCUUCUUCAGGCUUGGAAGCAAGCUGGCAAGCAGGGCUAGUAGACCAGAAAAACCUACCAGAUUUCGUUCUCUCAUCCGCUCAUAAUUAUGCCUCCAACACAAACUGCUUUGUCAAAGCUGGCUAUGAAGCGUUAUCGCAAGAUAACCCGUUGGACUAUCUGGAAGAAAUGGACAGUGUUUGUGAUGCAGUGAUGGUCGGCAAUACAGUAGCACGAAGAGCAUCCUUAGCGCAAGGCAUUGCUAUGCUAACUCUUUAUCUGAAAUGUUUUGUGGAGGAUCCUAUUGUUGACAGCAAAAUACAGAACAAGAUCAAUAAGGAACAUGUACAGAUUGUGAAGCAGUGGAAGAAUAAAAUUCGAGCAGAAAAGGUGGAUGGUCAUUUUGCUGUUUGCUAUGGACUUGUUUGUCGAUGUUUAGACGUAGAUUUAGGUACAUUUUGAUUUGGAAGUGUAGAAACAAACACACAUGAUAAGCUUGUGAGCCCUGUAUAAAUAACAAUAAUCCUCUUUUUAUCUAGAAAAUACUCUGC